AGAAAGACCAGGUUCCAAUGUUAGUCCAAUAGCAGCCAUUGUUUCCUUCUAUCCUCUUCUUCUAGUCUCUCUUUCCACCAGAAAUAGAGGAGAAUUCCCUGGUCUUUUGUCUUCCCCCCAAAGAGACACAAAUUAAACUAUACUACUAUAUACUUUGUAUAAUUAGUAUACUUUCAGUUUUAGAUUAAUGUCAAAUAUCACUGGUGAUGAUGAUGGUGGUAGCUUCUCUUCUGGCAACACCGGAGAAGAAGAAGUUCUUCAAAUUCAAGACAAGGAACAAACAAAUCACCUCCAUGGCUCAGCCACGACCGCCAGUUCGACGGCCUCUAACGGCAACAACUCCACCUCUCAACAGCAGCCGAUUAAGAAGAAAAGAAAUCUUCCAGGAACUCCAGAUCCAAAUGCUGAAGUUAUUGCACUAUCGCCCACAACCCUAAUGGCGACCAACCGAUUUGUCUGUGAGAUUUGCCACAAAGGGUUUCAAAGGGAUCAAAACCUUCAAUUACACAGAAGAGGUCACAAUCUACCAUGGAAGCUGAAGCAAAGUACCAGCACUAAAGUGAGGAAAAGAGUGUACAUAUGUCCUGAACCAACCUGCGUUCACCAUAACCCGGCUCGCGCAUUAGGAGAUCUUACUGGUAUUAAGAAACAUUUCAGCCGUAAACAUGGUGAGAAGAAGUGGAAAUGCGAUAAAUGUGCGAAGAAAUACGCCGUACAAUCUGACUGGAAAGCUCAUCAGAAAACCUGUGGCACAAGAGAAUACAAAUGUGAUUGUGGCACCAUCUUUUCCAGAAGAGACAGCUUCAUAACCCACAGAGCUUUCUGCGACGCAUUAGCCGAAGAGAACAGCAAAAUAAACCAAGGACUAAUGGCCACCAUGGGAUCAGAACAUCUUCAAUCCCAAAGGCCUCCAGAGCUCAUCUCAUCUUUCCCAUUAAACUCGAACCCCGAAUUCAACAAUUUCGACCUCAAAAACCCUCUCAAAUCAAUCCCACAAGAAUUAGUACCAGUGCCUUUCAAGCCAAUGAACAUGUCCGAAGGCAUGUUUUCGAGCAGUUCGGGGAGUCUGUUCGGAGCUCAAAGGAGCAUUUCCUCAUCUUCUUCCAAUCUCCAACUCAGCUCCAACAACUCCUCCGGCCUCACCUACCUCCACGAUGCAGGGUCCGCGCACAUGUCCGCGACAGCUUUGUUGCAGAAAGCAGCACAGAUGGGUGCUAGUACUGCUAGUAACAGCAUUAAUUCUCCAAUGAUGCAGAAGAGCUUCACUAGUAGCAUGGCUGGUCCUGACCAAAUAUCUUCUUCAAUUAGACCACAACAACAAAUAUCAUACAAUGUUCUCCGCGCGAAUCAACAGAUCAAUAAUAAUUCAAUUGAUCAUCAUCCUCAUCAACAAUCAAAUAUGGACGGAAUCCAAGGCGCGACAGGAGGAUUCGCUAACCAGAUGUCACAUCUUUUUGAUGGAGGUUCUGCUAUGAAUGAUAUGGGGAUGUUCACUGGUAUGUUCAUGAGUAGUAGUACUAGUCAUGAUCAACAGAUCAACCACCAGGCGUUCUUGAAAAACAUUGAGCAACAACAUUCGGAUAGUAAUAGUACGUCCGGUUUGAUGCAAGGAAGAGAUGAAGUUGAGAGGAACCUGACAGUACCUUCAAGAUUUAAUGGAAGUUCCCGUGGAGGUAAUGAUAUGAUGACUGUUGAUUUCUUGGGGAUUGGAGGAGGGUCUAGGCCGGCGAAUUUGCCCGACCAUCAUCACCAUCAGCAGCAGCAACUUGAGGCGAUGAGCCAACAUAGAUUGCAGCCGAUGAUGAAUCAUUUGCAGCAACAGCUCUCACAUGGUGCAGAAUCUGCUAUGCAGAAAAACGUUUGGGAUGUUUGAAAGUUGUUAGAAUGUUUUGGUGGAAAUGAUAAGAUCCCAGCGGUUGGUAUCUCAGUUGAGUUGGACACACAUCACAUAGAUUUUGUGCGUAUAUCUCAGAGUAGUUGGAAUAACUGAGAUACCAACGGUUGAGAUUCUUAUCGUUUUGCAAGGCACUCGGAUAUGAACAAAUGGGCUUGACAGAUUCAUGCCCAUUAAUCACUUAAACCGGCGGACUGAACUUGGGCCUGUAACUUUAGAUCUGCUGCUGGGCAUGACCUUGAAUAAGCCUGCUCAUAACUUUCAGGCCCAGGGUACUUUUUAUUCACAGUUCAAAGAAAAUGGAAAUUGUUGUAUUCCAAAUUUCCAAUAAAAAAAUUUAAUUGCUUUUAA